GGUGUCAUGGUCAAUGGCUUUGAAGACCAUUACUCUGGCGUCACGAAUCACCACGAAAAAGUGCAAUUCGACAAAAGUUUGGCACCGAAGAGAUACGAGAUCAAAGGCACAGAUCCAAACUCCAAGAUCCUGUUCUUGGAUGUAAAUAUCCUUGACAGCACAGGUCGUCCUCCAUUCCGAGGGGAUGUUUUUAUCGAAGGAGAACGACUGCGGCACAUUGGAGAAGUGCCCGGCAAAGAUGCUCUGCGUCGCAACCCAGCAGUUCGCGUCGUCGACGGAAAAGGGCGAACGCUCAUGAGCGGGCUGGGAGACGCCCAUACUCACUUUUCAUGGAACAAUGGCGAUCUGGGCAAACUUGGUGAUGUUGGAGUGGAAGAACAUACACUGCUGUCAGCCCGUUCAGCACAAACCUACCUCGAUUCUGGGUAUACCAUGUGCUUUGGAGCAGCGUCCGCCAAGGAGCGACUGGACUGCGUUAUAAGAGAUGCCAUCAACGAAGGACACUUGCCAGGCCCUCGCUACUUGGCGAAUGGCAAAGAGAUGGCUGUGCCCGAUGGUGACCUUGUUCCUGGAAUUACAGCAUUCGCCAAGGGACCGUUGGAGAUGCGGGAAACCAUCAGACAUCACGUCAAGCUGGGCGUCGACCAAAUCAAGCUAUCAAUGUCGGGUGAGCAAAUUACAGAAACCCGAGAUGCCCAGGACUGCUAUUAUACGGACGAAGAAACAGCAGCAUGCGUGGAUGAGGCACAUCGGCAUGGUGUACGGCUUUGCUCCCAUGCACGGGCAAGAGACAGUGUUAAACAAUGCAUACAACACGGAGUCGACAUUAUUUACCAUGCCUCAUGGAUCGACGAAGAGGGAAUGGAUAUGCUAGAAAAGAAUAAGCAUAAGCACAUCGUCGCCCCUGGAAUCAACUGGCUUAUUGCGACAAUCUACGAAGCUGGGGCUUUUGGAUAUUCCUUUGAGAAGGCCGAACAGGUUGGCUACAAGAAAGAACUGGAAGUCGCCAUUCAAGGCCUGAAAGAGAUGCACCGCAGGGGUAUCACAGUUCUUCCCGGCGGAGACUAUGGCUUUGCGUGGACCCCCCACGGAACAUAUGCUCGCGACCUCGAACACUUUGUCAAACUCCUGGGUUUCACACCCAUGGAGUCGAUCAUCGCCGCAACAGCCGGGGUUGCGAAACUCUUUAUGCGCGAGGAUGAGCUUGGUAAGAUCCUGCCAGGAUACUAUGCUGACUGCAUCCUGGUCGACGGUAGUCCUCUCGAUGACAUCACAGUCUUGCAACAACAUGAUAAGCUUAAUAUGAUCAUCAUCAACGGACGCAUCCACAAGGCCAGCUACAAGGAAUUCCUGCGCCACGAAACCAUGGAGUCAAAGCCACAGGAAGACACACAACCCCGCAAUUUCAUCAGCUACGCGUUGAAGGACGGAACCAAGAGGACAAGGGUUGGCCACCUGAGGCAAGAGGACGACAUGAUCAGAGAGCUAUCAUUUGCCAGUGGCACGCCGGUCGAAAGACUUGAGCAAAUCCUCGGCAUACCGUUGGCCGAAAUAACGUUGAGUGAGGAAGUGAUCCCAAAAUCAAGUGUUCAGAUCCUGCCUCCUAUCACCGGCAGAGACGUCCUUGCAGUCGGAAAGAAUUAUAUGGACCAUGCCCACGAGUUCAAUUCCAGCGGUUACGACUCAUCAGACAAAGAAGCACGCCCUUCCCACCCUGUCAUUUUUACCAAGCGAGCUUCAUCGAUCAUCGCCCAUGAGCAGAGCGUUUAUUUCGAUGAGGAGUUCACCUCCACUCUUGACUAUGAGGGUGAGAUCGGGGUCAUUAUCGGCAAGGGCGGAUACAAGAUCUCAGAAGAUGAUGCCAUGGAUCAUGUCUGGGGCUACACAAUCAUCAACGACCUUACGGCUCGUGAAAGACAGCGGGACCACAAGCAAUUCUUCAUUGGUAAAUCAGGCGACACUUACUGUCCCAUGGGGCCCAUUGCCGUGCCUGCAUCCGCCGUACCAGCAACACUUACCGUCACAACGCAUGUCAACGGCGAAAAGAGGCAACAAGCGACAACCGAACAACUGAUCUUCUCCAUUCCCCACAUCAUAAAGACAUUGUCGGAAGCUCAGACCCUUCGGCCUGGCGACGUGAUCGCCAUGGGUACACCUGCAGGUGUAGGUAUAGGAAUGAAGCCGCCCACAUUCCUGAAGCCUUCGGAUGUGGUGGAAGUCUCCAUCACGGGGCUAGGAACUCUUAAAAACACAGUGACCGCCACCAGAGACCCAGAGGCAAUUUCUGCUCGACUUGCCGAAGAGUCUGCUGCAUCGAUCCCUAUCCAAAACCUGUCCGUCACCCUGGGAGGUGUUGGUUUGACGACCAUUGCCUCUGGAAAGCAACUCAACGUUGAAAAGCUGGGCAGUGGAGAGAAGCUCGUCAUAUUCGUCCAUGGGCUGGGUGGGAGCACCACCUUUUACUCCCAGCUCGUGGACAAGCUCAAGUUGGCGGACAAGUACACAUGUGUCUUGUACGAUCUCGAAGGGCAUGGACUUUCUCCAACCACGGCCACCAGUCUCAUUACAAUCUCAAGCCUUGCAGACGACCUACGCGCUCUACUGACCACGAAACCGCUGAGUCUGCCGCUGGACAAAGAAGUGACUAUUGUGGCUCACUCCAUGGGCUGCCUGGUGGCUGAAGUCUUUGCGUUGAAACAUCCGGACCUGGCUCACCGUCUCGUCCUUAUCGGACCACCACCAUGUCCGCUCCCUCAAGGAGGGUACGAAGCAAGCAUCAAGAGGGCAGCCACCGUGAGGAAGGAAGGUAUGCGGAAUGUCGCAAAAGCCGUGGCAAACGCAGGCACGUCCGACAGAACGAAAUCUCAUCAAUCGGGUGGCUUCGCUGCUGUCCUGACGAGUCUGUUGAGUCAAGACCCCGAGUCAUACGCAAAGGGCUGUACGGCAUUGGCGUCUGCACGUGAGCUGCAAGUCGAUCUUGGACAAAUUCGCUCCAAGGUCCAGAUCAUUGGUGGUGAUGAGGACAAAGUCAGCCCACCUGCGUAUACCCAAGAACUGACACAACUUCUGCCAAAUGCAACACUCGCAACGCUGAAGGAGACAGGACACUGGCAUACCUUCGAGGACAUUGAAGGCACCGCAAGUGCUCUUGAAUCAUUUUUGCAGUCAUAGUGGGAGUAACGAUAUAACUCCUAGUGACGGAAAAGGAUAUGACUAGAACCAGCUGAGCCUGAGCAUCGGUCCCAGUUGCAACGUUGGCGGAUUUCAUCUGUCCGAUUUUCAGGCUUUCGAGGAUGGUGCUCAAGUGCGAGGGGCAGCAUGAUGUAGGGGGGUAAAAGACAUUUUGAGAUCGAGUCGAGCAUCCAAACAUUAAAAUGUAUGGAGAUUAUCACCUGCUAUCAUUAUGAUGGGCUGCGCGUCCCUUGCAGAGUCAGGUUCCAUUGAUCAGCCAGCAGCAUUGUGUGUUUAUUC